GUUCAUCAGGCUUCCAUUGGCUGGAGUGUGGGACCAUAGCCCCUGCCCAGGAGACAUAACCUUGGACCACAGUGGCUCUGGAUGGCCAGGAACAGGGACUCGAGCUUUCAGAUUCUCAACUGGUCUUGACAAAACAGCUGUAGGUGGCCUGCCUGACACCAGAUACUCAGCCCUCUCCACUCUGGCUCUCCUUGCAUUUCCCCAUGCUGCCCACCCCCUGGCAAAAGGCUGGCCGUGCUCUCUGUUCCCAGCAGCCUUGCAGGUUUUCCCACUGGCUGCAAUGGCCCUACUAAAAGCCAUGUUGCAUAUCCGUUGUAAGCACGUGCCCUGUGCCCUGUCCCCAUCCCUUAUGCCUAGGAGGCCAGGCUGGUGUCUCUACGAGGGCCCCCACAGGCGUCCUGGGUCCCCCAGAGAGCAGACUGGUGUGCUCAGGAUGCAGGCUGACUCAGAGGCAGGGCAGUGGGCUCUCCAGGUCACUUGGCUGGGGUUGGCGGGGGUCCUCUCUCUUGCCCCAGCUUUCACUCAGCCACCGCAGCUGCCCCACCGGGGGGUGGAGACGUGGGUCACCACGGGCUUGGGAGCAAGUGUCUUCUGCAGCACAGGAAGGCGAAGGUGUGGUCAGAUGAGGUUGCUACCCCUGCAGGUCUGGCAUAAAGGCCCCACCCUCAGGCCUCCUACACUAGCCCCAUUUUACUUUGGGGUCCAAGGACAGGGCGGUCAACUGGGCAGGGUGGGCAGCGUGCCAGCGCAGCACAGUGCCACCUCCCUGGGUGGAUGCAUCACACUAAGGAAGCGAGUGCCAAGGGGAUGUAGUGGUGUGGUUCUUUCAAAGGGAGGUCAGGGUCAAUGGGAAUCUGCUGGGACACUCAACACUAGGGUGGGUGCACUCCUGGGAGGAGGAGGAACAUGUUCAGGGGAGUGCGGGGUCUUGCACAAGCCACGUGGUACAUCUUGGCCUCCCGGCAGGAGAUGGACACCCAGCCAGAGGCCCUGGCUCAAGGUGGCCUCACGUGGCCACGGGCUUCCUGGGUACACAGGCCCAAGCGCAGGUUGUUUUAUACUUAUUGGAGUAUGUGUUAACUUAUGCCCUGCAUCCCAACUCACACGGAAGCAUGGGUCUCGUCUCAGUCUCUUUGGCUGCAUCUGGAAAGCAGUCUCCUCUAGGUCCAGUGCCAGGCUGAGGUGUCCAGAGGCGGCGGCAGCUGGUAGUGCCCUCAGCCCCCGAGUGUCCAGCCUGGCACUUCCCGUUCAGGCCACCUGCUUUGGGUCAACGGUUCCUUUGCCAGCAGCAUCUCCUAAAUGGUAAGGACUCUCUCCACCCAGGGCCUUCCCAGGGCUGCGAGGAUGGAAGCAGGCAGGCAGUGGAGCUAACAGCUUAGUCACCAGGACCCUCAAACCUGCAAAUGUCCCCUCCUGGAGGGGGAAGCCAGGAACAACAGAACUGCCUACAAAACAAGGCUGUGAACCUUUUGGGAACUGGAACUGUUUAACUUGAACCCAGGAUCGUUUAAAGCUUUAUUUAUUUAUAGCUUCUUCUUAAAAAAAAAAGUGUUAAGAAGAAAUUUUUUGGUUAUUCACACACAAAAAAAAUAAGUUGAUGAUGGAAAAGCAAGUCAUAAUCAUCUAAUUGUUUUUGUCUAGGUCGAGAAUGAAUGUCAGCCAAUGAAAUAAACCCUGACAAGGAAA